UGGCUUAUAGAAUUGGAAUAAAAGUGGUUUAUGGAACAAUUUGGGGCAGGAGGUAACCGGAGACUUGCUGUAAGCAGUUUCGCACAUUGUCAUCCGAAGGCACCCAAUUGCCUCCACCAUCUGUAACCCUAUAAACAACAUUCAAGCUCAUCAAUCGUUUCAUCACAAGUUUUAAACUACUGAUUCUCCCAACUUUUCCAUUUCCUCCAUUUCUUCGUUCCUAAUUCCUGAAAUAAAUCGAGGAAUGGACUCGCAGGUGUUGGUUGCUCUUUCUCUCUCGAUGGUUGGCGGAUUAAGUACAUCUUUAGGUGCACUUUUUGUGAUUCUAGCCAAGGCUCCAAACUUGAAAAUGCUUGGACUUUUACAGGGUUUUGCAGCAGGUCUUAUGCUAAGUAUAUCUUUCUUUGAUUUAGCUCAUAAUGCCAUAAAUUCCAUUGGCUUUCUAAAAGGCAAUCUUUGGUUCUUUGGAGGUGUCAUUUUCUUCGCGAUAAUUGCUAAUUUUAUUCCAGAACCAUCACUUGCUCCCACAGCAGACUCCAAAAGUAAAAAGAAAUAUGGAGAUGAAGGGGGCAAAGAUGUCAUGAAAAAACAUCGUCGACAAGUUUUAUUCAGUGGAAUUAUUACAGCAGUAGGCAUAAGCUUACACAAUUUUCCAGAAGGAAUGGCUGUUUUCCUUGGAUCAUUAAAGGGUCUUCGUGUUGGCCUUAACUUAGCCUUAGCUAUUGCUUUACACAAUAUUCCAGAGGGUGUUGCUGUUGCACUUCCUGUUUACUUUGCAACACAAAGCAAAUGGCAGGCGUUUAAAUUGGCAACGGUUUCUGGGCUUGCUGAGCCUUUGGGUGUCAUUAUUGUAGCAUAUCUCUUCCCAAGUAGCCUAGAUCCCGAGAUUCUCGAGGGCUUGUUAGGAGCAGUUGGUGGAGUUAUGGCCUUUUUAACGCUUCAUGAAAUGUUGCCGUUAGCAUUUGAUUAUGCGGGACAAAAACAAGCCGUUAAGGCCGUUUUCUUUGGCAUGGCCUUCAUGUCUGCAAGUUUGUAUUUUUUGGAGAUCAGCUUACCGGCGGAUGUGGGCUUGUAGAUGCGAAUUCCUUUGUUGGGCUCAAUUAAAAGAGUAACAAGUAGAACAAAGUAAAUUGAGAAACAAAAUGUACAUACAUAUGUGCUAUUCUUAUAUGUACUUUAACAUUACAUUGAAUUUAGGCUUAUUUGAAUAUUAUGUUGUUGCAUUUUAAAAAAUAAUUGUUGGAUUCAAGCCCAUGAUUUGAAGAAGUGUAAUGAUGUGCAUUGUACAA